AUGUCAGCGGAUGCAGUACCAUUAAGCGACAUUCCGGAGGAUUUUACAGUUAAUUCUGAAUUUAUAAAUACUGCCAGAUUAACAAUACCUCCCAUUAAAACAAUGGAUCCCGAUUUAUAUUCUAUAUCAUUACCCUCUCAACCUUCAACUCCACAACAACCUUCAACUCCAGGAUCUGUUAGUCCCAAUGAUGAUGAAUUUUACGGUAUAUUUCCUGUUAAACCUUUCAAAGCAUUUUUCCCCAACCUUGAAGUAGUGAAAAAUUUAAAUGAAGAAGGAACUAUGGCUGAAAAAGAUUUGUAUAGCAUUUGGAUUGCCUGGACUGCCGGACUCAAAAGAGAUAUAAGUGAAAAAAAUAUUUCAUUUUUAAAAGAUAUUGAAAGAGAAAAAGAAAUUAUAAAUAUUUUAAAAAGAUUUGGUGUUGAAAAACAAGUUGAAGUAUUGAAAACCAGAAAGAUUUGCAUACGACCAACUGAAGAACAAAGAAAUAUUUUAUUAAAAUUGAUGAACACAUCGAGGUGGACUUACAAUCAAUGUGUGAAAGUUAUUAAGGAUGGAAACUCCAGCGGCUAUUCGUCGAGAAAUUAUAUGGGAAUUUUUCAAGAAUUACAAGACAUGCUUGAAAAAUUUAAGAGAAAUUCAGGAGUUUUCUCAUUUCUUAAAGAUAUCACUACUAGCGAACCUCUUCCAGAGAUCAAACAUGACUUUCAAAUUACGAAUAAUAAACUUGGACAUUGGUAUUUCCUCGUUCAAAUUCCAAUUGAAAAAAGAUCAAAUAAUGGUGCCGUUGCGUUAGAUCCUG